AUGCCCACGAUGCCGGCGUCGUCCUGGGCUUCCCCUCUACGUGUCCCCCUACCUGAACCCGUCAUCAACGACAAGCCCUUUGACGAGCCCCUUGAGUUGCCACCACACCUUUCCACGAUGAUUGAGCAGUUCGCAAAUGUCGACCCAGCUCCAUGGCAGGAGGAUGCAACAACAUCCUUCUUUCAGCCACCUCCCGGGCUAGCAGCCGAGCAACCACUCGCAGGUCCGAAGGUGGCCCAAAAUGCACCCAAAUCAGUUGUGCCCGUUGCAUCAGAUGUAGAGCUUCCGCCUGGCAUCAAGAUCUUUGGCAUCGACUAUGCCGGCUCCAUGUGCACACGCGUUGAGUGGCGGAUUGAUGACCUCAACGGCAAGCUCCAAGCCAGCAUGGGGAGACCGUUGGUUUCACCUCCUUUCGCUGCUCUCGGCCUACCAAAUCUUCGUUUGAUGGUGUUUCCGGACGGACGGGAGACCAUGAAGAAUGCCCGGAGCAGUGAGCGAAAGGGUCUCUACACACAGAUGAUCAAGAAGGGCCCCCUCCACGGCUCCCUCAAGCUCAAGGCGGACUGCCUCCAGUGUGCCACAGUCAUGACCGUCAACCUCCUGGUUGGCCAGGUGCGUGCGGGACCUCUGGUUUACGACUUCUCGGAGCAGGCAAUCCACGGCCUGGACGACUUCGGGGUGGACUGGUUGAAGCAGGUGGACCGGGGCAACGGCAGCUUGACGGUGGGAAUUGAGAUUCUUGACGUGCGCCCUCAGCCUUGA